GAAAACCUACAACACAUAAACGCACCAAAACGCACCGGACCGGGCGGGCUGUUCCUCCUCCAGGUGUGCGAGCUGAGAGGAGGAGAAAAAAAAUACGCGGACGGAGAAAAAUCCUUCAUUCAUCCGCCGUUUAUCUCGGAGAUAUCACGGAGAAAGCAGCCGCUAGUGACGCGGUGUCCCGGUGCACAUCACCGAGAACCCACCGGGGAGCUGCGGGGACUCACGGCGCAGAGGAGGAGCUCUGUUUCGGCUUCAUAUUCUCGAGUUUUCCGCCCGCGGAUCGUGCGCUCGGUGCCGGAACCGUCGGUUGGUGUUUACGCGGCGGCUGCAGUGAGAGAGGGAGGGGGGGAGGACGCGGAGGAGCGGCCGGGAGCAGAGCAGGUUUCUGGGAGAUACAAGGGAAACAACGCCUCCCUCCACCUCCACAAAUGGGUUAAAAAUCGGCGUUUUCUUCCAGAGCAGCCGUGCAGAGCCUCGGAGGGACCGCUCACACCUGCUCACACCUGCCCACCCUCCGACCUGCAGGGUCGGUAUGAUGUAGGAGCCACCUGCCCCCCCACCAGCCCCCCUCUGCUCUGUCUCUCUGCAUCACCAUCCUUUAACCCCCUCCCACCCCCUCCACCAGUAUCACCCCCACCCACCCAGACACCCACCAUGCCGGCGGGUAUGAAACCGCUGGAGAAGUUCCUGAAGAAGCAGACCACGGCGCUGACCCGGGCCGGGGGGUUUGUUGGCGGGGUGGCAGAUAAGGCCACCGGGACCGGAGCGUCCCGGCGGAGGGCCAGCCUGUCCCGGGUCGUACCCUUCUUCAGGGAGACGUCGCCGGAAAGCGGCCAGGCUCGGGAGGUGUUCAGCCCCGACAGUGAGGACCCCCCCUCCUGGCCCUCAGCCACAGGCCCCGGUCUGGUGUCGGUGCCCAGCAGCGCUAACGGCUCCGGUUCCGGUUCUGGUUCUGGAGGGGGAGACGUCCGCAGUCCGUCCCUGUCCAGCGACGAGCAGAGCUCCGAGGCCAGCCUGAUCACAGAGACACAGAGCGGGGGAGGAGGAGGAGGAGGAGGAGGAGGAGGAGGAGGAGGAGGAGGGACGCCUCUUCAUCCUGACACACCGGACAACCUGACGCUCAUCAUGCUGGACAGCGUCGCUGGGAAACGCUACGGACACUGCACAGAAACCCUGCUGGAUGACUUCAUGUUGACACAUCCCAUCUUCCUGACGGCCGACAGGUUCCAGCAGGUCCUGCUGCAGCAGUAUCCUUCACGAGGAGGAGGAGGAGGAGGAGAGAGGGAUGGAGAGACGGAGGGAGGGAUGGACAGAGCAGAGAGGAAGCAGGCGGUGCUGAACGUGGCGUUCCGAUACCUGGACACCUACAGAGAGCUGCUGCAGGAGGAGGGCGAGCGCAGCAACAGCUUCCCAAAGGAGCUUUACCUGUGUGCAGUUCAGGAGUUGAGUCGGUAUCCAGAGCUGGUGGAGGACGUCCUCAAACUGCAGAGAUGGACCGAGAUCUUACACUGCCCCUCUGAUGAGGAGAAGGAGAGCAGGAAGAAGCAGGUUCGUCCUCUGUUCAGACACUUCAGACGCAUCGACGCCUGUCUGCAGCCCAGAGAGGCUUUCAGAGGCUCCGACGAGAUAUUUUGCAGGGUGUACACUCCGGAUCAUUCCUACGUCACCAUCAGGAGUCGUCUGUCCUGUCGGGUCGGAGAGAUUCUGGCUCUGGUCAGAGAGAAACUCCAGUACAGUGAAGACCAACCGGUUCUACCUGGAAACCUCAUACUGGUGGCAGUCACAUCAGCUGGAGAGAAGGCCGUGUUUCGUCCCAGUGAUGAGGCUGUUUUCACCACGCUGGGAGUCAACACUCACCUGUUCGCCUGCGAACCCUCUGAGCUGGAAUCACUGCUCCCUCUUCCUGAGGAGAUCCACUGGACUCCAGGUGACAGCAAACUACAUGACAUGUCAGCGGAGGAGGUCGCCAAUCAGCUGGUUGUGUUCGACUGGGAGCUCUUCAGCUGCGUGCACGAGGUGGAGUUUGUGUGCUACGUGUUUCACGGAGAGCAGUCCCGCUGGCGCCCCCUCAACCUGGAGCUGGUACUGCAGCGCUGCAGCGAGGUGCAACACUGGGUCGCCACGGAGAUCCUGCAGUGUCAGUCACUGCCGAAGAGGGUCCAGCUGCUGCGCAAGUUCAUCAAGAUCGCAGCGCUCUGUAAGCAGCAGCAGGACUUGCUGUCAUUCCUCGCUGUGGUUCUGGGUUUGGACAAUCCAGCUGUCAGCAGACUACGACUCACCUGGGAGGGUCUCCCCGGGAAGUUCAGGAAGCAGUUUCAGCAGUUUGAGAGCAUUGCGGACCCGUCCAGGAACCACAAGUCCUACAGAGACCUGAUCACCAGCCUGAGACCUCCACUGAUCCCCUUCACACCUCUGCUGCUCAAAGACUUGACGUUCCUUCACGAGAGCUGCAAGACGUUUCACGGCGAGCUUGUCAACUUCGAGAAGAUGCAUAAAGUGGCGGAGAUGGUGAGGAUAAUCAGACGAUACAGGAGCAGUCAGCUAGCCAUGGACACGGAGACGUCCCCGUCCCACCUCCAGACGAAGGCGUACGUGCGACAGCUACAGGUGAUCGACAACCAGAACCUGCUGUUCGACAUGUCCUGCAAACUGGAGCCCAAAGACACAUAGAGAGAGAAAAGAAAGAAGCUGGGAUGAAGAGAUGAAAAGGAGGAGGAGGAGGAGGAGGAGGAAAACGAUCACAUGCUGUUAUUCAAGAAACUUGUGUCAAGGGGAAAAAAGGAAAGGAAACCUACAAUCUCCUCCUCUUCCUCCUCAUCUACCUGCAACAAGAAAUUAAUAAAAACAAGAUUUUGAUCAGCUGAGAAAAAAAGCUUCUUAUUCUUCCUCUCCAUGCGCGACUAUCACUUCCUUUUCCUCUGACUCGUCUUCUCCACAUCCCCUCCUUCCCUUGUCCUUCCAUCAGCAACUGUCUAGUCCAAACACUGCCAGUAACCCUGACAACCAACACACGAUGAUCCACAACAGACACAUUUGGACGAAGUUCGUCGAUUCGACCGACAGUUGGACCAAGAACUCGUCACCUUCAAACAAACUGAGAGACAUUUGUCAGUUCAUGAUCCAGUUGGAGUUUGUAGUUUGAACUCCAGAUUCAUUCAGCAACUAUCAGGAACAUUCUUGAGAUGUUCGUGAAGGUCUACUGAGAAAACCUUUGACGGAAACAUCACAGAAACCUCCGUAGUCUUCCUGAAUCUAUUUGGGACAUUCAGAUUUCAGAUAUAAACACCUACAGCAACCAAACUCUUCAGAAAUAACACAGAAGUGUCCUGUGAAACUUUUUUCCACAGUUUGUUUGAGACACUUUGCAACUCUGAAAUCUUAAUCUCUGUUGUGCAACAGUUUUGAACGUUUCUCUUCCCUGAACGCAGCCUCAAUGAAAUAAAUCCUGUCAGAGGUGAAACAGGACAGCAGUGAAGAUGAAGAAAUGAAUCAUUUUCCUCCUCCUGUGGCGACUGACCAAUCAGACUAAAGACAAUCUGACCACCUGAUUGUCACUUGACUGACCUCUGACCCUUUCACAGCCUGCAAUCUGGAUGCUUUCCAUUCAGCUAACGUGACUCAUCACUUCCCUCCCUCACAUCUCUUCUUUGUGUCUUAGCUCGUCCUAAUGAGAAUGCAAGAAAUUGUUUUCAUGAAAUGACACAUCCUCGCUCACUCCAGCAUCGUAUCAAAGAGACGGCAAAUUACUACUGAUGCACAGGAACUUUCCUCUAGUGACAGUCUUAUAGAAAAACACUAUAAAACUCCAAUAUUGAUUAUAGAUCUACUGCGGCUCCACAGAUAGUGACUGUCAAUUAGAAUUUAUUCAUGAAAGAGCAGAACACUUGAGGCAGCGAAAUAAGUGCUCUACGUAAAGCCUAUGAUACAGCUGAAUCGAUCAUCAGAAAAUGAAUCAACAACUAUUCUGAUAGUCAAUUAAUUGUAUUGAGUCAUUUUUUGCUAUUACUAUACUAGAUAUUACACAUUUUCUGGUUUCUUUAGUCCUGUAGACCAGUUUCUGAAUCGAUUAAUCGAGAAAAUAAUCGACAGAUUGAUCAAUAAUGAAAAUAAUCAUUAAUUGCAGCCCUAGUCUAUAAUCUGUUUGUGUAAGACUCAGGCUUGAUACUACAGGACUAAUAAUAGCUGUGAAUAUACAGAAGUUUAGCAAGUUUUGGCUGUUGAUGAAAAAUCAAUCAGUCAAUGUACAGAAAAUUAAUCAGCAGCUGUUUUGACGAUUGAUUAACAGUUCAUUCUUCAAGCAAAAAUUAGUGAAUUUGCUGCUUUUCCAAUUCAUACAUGAUAGUACAGUAGUAGUCUCCACAGCGAGUCUCCUGUACAACUUGCAAACAUGCAAUAAUAUAAAAAAUAUUACAGAUUCACUGAAACUUCCCCAUAAGAUACACCUGUGGUUCCUCGUCUCCUGUGAGACUCUUUUAAGUUAUUGGAACAUCCUCGAUGAUGGCGCAUUGAUUUGUGGGUCCUAGUCUGAAAGGACAGGAGGAAGUAGAGUUAUCUGAAUGGAAAGCACCCUUCUGUCGAUCAGCUGCCAAACAAUUAACAUGGGAAUUAUGUUCCUGCGAAGAUGCACUAAAACAUGUCCAUGGAUCUACAAAUGAAAGGUGUUUUGGGUAACUGGACGUCGCGGACAACCAUAUCUCGAGCUGACUUGUUGAUCCAACUUCCUGUCAGGAGACAGGUUGGAAUUCACACACUGGAACUGAACUGGAACAGGUUACAGUAUAAACCAAAACUGCUUCACCAACAUCUCUGAACAACAACAACAAUGUGCAGACGGAGAAUUUAGACAGACAAGUUGAUUCUUUAACUGGAGAAUACAUCGCUUUCAAAGACGAGUAAAUGUCGAUUUACAUUUCGCAGCGUUGGUUUUGUUCUCCAGGAUCUUUUCUUGGACACAGGCCAGACUGUACAACACUAAAUCUUUGCAGAAACAGUCAGUAAAUCAUGUGACACUAAACCUUGUAGAAACUGGUCUGAGUGCAGGUGGAACCAGUAGAAAUUAGACUUUUUAACUCUAAUGUCACUCCACGAGUUUACAUGUCAGACUCCUGCACCCGGAAAUCUGUUCAUGACUGAAUAUAUUUUUCCAUCAAUAAUGAACUAUUUCACAUCAAAUUCAGGACACAAACACGAAAAGACCAGUUAUGGAUCUGCAACUGAACUGGCGAUUAUGGUUAGUUGUGUCCAUAGUUUACAUCAGUGGUAAGGGCUGAUAGUCUGACCUCUGACCUCUCUGAUGUUACACACAGGGGAACUGUUUCUUUAUGCUUCAGAUUCCUCCAUGAUUUAAUCUAAACAAUGACGAUGCAUUCACUGACAGUAUCUGUGAUGGACUUGUGGACACUGUGGGACAUCUGUCACAGUGCGUUUGCAAACUCAGAUCGCAUGAUUGGACUUGUUUAGCAGAGGACUGUCAGGAUGGUGGACAUUCCUCGCUGGAUGCGAGCGUGUAGAUGCUGGUUUUCUACCGAACGUGAUCUCAGUUUCAGUCUGAAGAUGUUCACCAACUCUUCGGUCUUUUCUGCUUUUUGUUUUGGGGCUUUUAUUGUCUCUCACAGUGUUUUCUGAUCCAACAGGGGGGCUGGAGAAUUCAGCAAACUGCUCAACGCCACUCACAUCAUGCUCACUUUAAAGGACCAUACUGAUGUUUUAGCCUGUUUACAACAAAUCACAUCUACUCUGCAUUGCUGCCAGCUGUUUUUCAAACUGCACCACAGUGGUUUAUAUUUUUGAAUGUGGUUUAGUUUAGUCAGUAUUAUUGGACAAUAUUUUUGGUCACUAGGGGGCAGCAGAUUAAGCUGUAAACAGAACACCUGGCAUAGUAUCUGCUUAUAAAGUAGUUGUGGCUAACAUGUUAGCAAACAGCUCCCUACUUCCACAACAGAAACAAACAUGAUCAUCCAUUAACAGUGAAUAAUUACCUGU